GCACCAGCUAGCUCAGACGCUUAAAUGCAGCCGGGCGGCACUGCAACACAUCCACGGCAUUAACAACAAGAUGCUUUUAAACUUUUAACCAUUUCUGCCCCUCCAGUGCUUCUCAGCCUGAGGAUACUGGUAUGGUUUCGGAGAAUGGACGACGUGUCGGUUAGAGAGCAACUUUUCCACAACCGUGUCCGGGAGACCAUAAUCUGUGUUCUCCUGUUUACAUGCCUUUACAUGGUGUCCUACCUCAUACUUACUCAUUUCAAGAAGACUGCCGAGUUUGUCACAGAGGACAUUGAAGAUGCCACCGUCAACAAAAUUGCACUGUGGCUGUGUACAUUCACCCUGUCUGUUGCCGUGUGUGCUGUGCUCCUUCUCCCCAUCUCCAUUCUGUCCAAUGAGGUGCUGCUCACCUUCCCACAGAGCUACUACAUGCAGUGGCUCAACGGAUCUCUUAUCCACGGAUUGUGGAACCUAGUUUUCCUUUUCUCCAAUUUGUCCCUGGUCUUCCUCAUGCCUUUUGCCUACUUCUUCACGGAGUCUGAGGGAUUUGCAGGUUCCAGAAAGGGGGUUAUGGCACGGGUGUAUGAAGCAGUUGUGCUACUGUUGCUGUUGGCUCUGCUUGUGCUGGGCAUUGUGUGGGUGGCAUCAGCCCUCCUCCACGACAACAUAGCCAGGAAGAGCCUCUACGACCUGUGGGAGUAUUACCUUCCCUACCUGUACUCGGGCAUCUCUCUGUUUGGAGUGUUAAUGCUUUUGUUGUGCACUCCCUUUGGGUUGUCCCGAAUGUUUAGUGUAACUGGCAGCCUGCUGGUCAAACCGCGGCUGUUUGAAGAUGUAGAAGACACUUUGAGCUGCACUUCAUUUGAGGAAGAUUCACUCUCCAGGAAACUGAACUGUGGCGGUACGACGUCAUGUUGGGUCAGGCUGAACAUGGAGGCGAUGAAAAAAGAGUACCAAACAGUCCGCAGCAAACGCAUCGCUCUGGAAAUGCGUAGGAAAGCAUCCCCAUGGCAGCGAAACUUGGGCUAUCCACUCGCCAUGCUCAUGCUCCUCGCAUUGACGGUGAUGUGUGUACUGAUGGUCUGUUUCAACGUGUUGGAGUUGCUCCUGGAUGAGACCGCUAUGCCCAGAGGAAUGGAGGACCCUCACCUGGGGAUGGCAUCAUUCUCCAUGUUUGGCUCACUGGGCGCUGCGGUUCAAGUCGUCCUUAUCCUCUAUCUGAUGGUGUCCUCAGUGGUGGGCUUCUAUAGUUCUCCUCUCUUCACCGGCCUCCUUCCUCGAGUACAGGACACCAACCUCACACAGAUAAUUGCAAACUGUGUUUCACUGCUUAUCCUGAGCUCAGCACUGCCCGUCUUCUCACGCACACUUGGGAUCACCCGCUUCGAUCUACUGGGAGACUUUGGUCGGUACAACUGGCUCGGGAACUUCUACAUCGUUUUCCUGUACAACAUGAUGUUUGCUGGUCUCACUUCUGCCUCCCUGAUCAAGACAGUCACCUGGGCAGUGCAGAGAGAGCUCAUCCGUGCCUUUGGUCUCCACAGACUGCCUUUAACUGUGUCACGCUCCACCGUCCCCUUCAGACUCCUCCUGGCCAGCGGACUGUCUAAAAUCCAGUGACUUUUCCUCCUCGCCACCCUAACCUUUAGAAACUGAGCCAGUUCAAAUAUGCACCUUCUGGAUUAAAGGCAUUUGCAAUUCGGUCUCUUUGCCAGUUGGAGCGUGGGUCAGGUCGCCCUGUGCGAAGAGACCAGAAAAGGUGACAAGUCAGUCUGGUCUGUGUGCUGUUGGAGUUCUGCUUAAAGCAGCGUUUAAUAAUCAGGGUCCAAUUUUGUGCAGUUAUUUGACUGCGAGGACUGCGAGGUUAGCUGAGUCAUGGUUAUGACUGGAACUAGGGGAAAAGGGAUGUAAGCCAGUCCUGCCACAGUGGACAGUAAGAGAGCAAUCCCCUCCACAAACGUGAUUCCUCAUGAAAAGAGGAUCCAGUGGAUAGCCGUUGUUCUGUUGGCACAUGUAGAAGUCAGCAGAGUUAUUUUGAAAUAUUACAUUGCAACUGUGACGUAAUUUCCUCUUCCUGCUCCAGGGCAAUUGAGCGCUCCCUCUUUCUCUGUGACUUCCCCAUGCUUUCCCCUCUUUGGUCUUACCACUAUUUUAAGAUUGGGAAUCUUACUUCCACUUGUGUUUAGUCCAGGUUGCACCAGUGUUAUGUUAGUAAGUUGUUAGUGGAAGCAAGUAGGAUGCAGAGUACCUUGUCUGUUUAUGGAUCUUCAGGUUACACAGGGAAUAUGGGUGAGGUCAUAAUCUCAGUGUUGGAGCUCUUUUGGGAACGUAGUUUACAAGAAGAAUUAGAAGCAUUUUCUGAUCCAUCAUUAAACAGGGUUUUUGUAGAUGACAGUAAGCUUACUGAGUCUGACUCAUUGAUUUACACAAAAACACUAAAAAAGAAAGCUUUACACUUUGUCUUAUAUAAGACUUAUGAAUGCCAUGUGACACUCACUAGGAGGAACUUCUGCCUUUGACCAAUCAAACUGUGAAUUAUUAAGAAUUUAUGUGGGGAAGUGCAAUAUUUUAUAGGUAGACGCACACUUUUUAACUUUACCAAAAGUGAUUUUCGAAAUUGGGAUUUUCAUCUCAUUCCUCUUUGUUGGACAUCGAGUGAAAGUUUAGAAUAAUCUCAGAAAGCGAAUGUGACCAUCAAUCCUUGCAAUCUUUCCCGGUGUCCGUUUUUAUAUUUUGAUAAUUCUAUAAUGUUUAUCAGCUGUAUCUCAUCGUCUUCAAUGUGUUGGUGAUCCUGUGUCACCGUUUGUCUUUGCUGCUGUAUCAGCAGGUUAUUAGCUGUUGGUUUGACCAGCAGGGGACAGUGUCUCUCAAACACACCACCCACUGUGUUGUGUGAGACUCUCUCUGGUUAGGUAUUAUAUGUAUUAUAUAUCUGGAGCACUCUGAGGUUUACUCAUUUCACAUUAUUCUGGGAAUUUUCUUUUGGUUCUUGGGAACAUAAAGUUUGUAAUG